GGCGGCAGAUCCCGUAAGUCGGGGCGGUCGCGUAGUCGCUGCAGCUGCUGCCGCCGCCGCCGCCGCAUUCAACAGGCAGCAGCGCCGCGGUCGCGCCCGCCCGGGGAGAGCGAGCGGCCCGCGGCGUCCGUCCGUUCGCCCUUCGUUCGGCGGGGAGCGCGACGCCAGCGCUGUCGGGGCCCCGACGACUCUGGCCUGCCGUCCAGUCAGUGCAGCGGACCCGGAGGCGCCUAGAUGCGGACGGAGCCGUGAAGUUAAGUUCUGAGCUCGCGCUUCCACUCCGCCGCCGCCGCGCCUCCCUCCCGGUUUCCGUCCGCUCGCUGCACCGACCUCACCCCUUCCCGCAGAUCUCGGACCGGCUCUCGGCGCCCUCUCUCCCCUCGGCGCCCCCCCCUGCCCGGUGCUGCGCUUUUCUCACUUCUGGGCAAGUCCCGCGGCUGGGGGAAGGGUGGGGGGGUCACCAUGGCCGAAGCGCCCCAGGUGGUGGAGAUCGACCCGGACUUCGAGCCGCUGCCCCGGCCGCGCUCGUGCACCUGGCCGCUGCCCCGGCCGGAGUUUAGCCAGUCCAACUCGGCUACCUCCAGCCCGGCGCCGUCGGGCGGCGCGGCGGCGAACCCCGACGGCGCCGCGGGCCUGCCCUCGGCCUCGGCGGCCGCUGUCAACACCGACUUCAUGAGCAACCUGAGCCUGCUGGAGGAGAGCGGGGACUUCCAGCAGGCGCCCGGCUCCGUAGCGGCGGCCGCGGCGGCGGCGGCGGCGGUGGCGGCGGCGGCCGCAGCGGCCGCAGCUGCCGCCACCGGGGGUCUGUGCAGCGACUUCCAGGGCCCGGAGGCGGGCUGCCUGCACCCGGCGCCUCCGCAGCCCCCGCCGCCUGGCCCGCUGUCGCAGCACCCGCCCGUGCCUCCCGCCGCCGCCGCGGCCGCCGCCGGCGGGCCGCUCGCGGGGCAGCCGCGCAAGAGCAGCUCGUCCCGCCGCAACGCGUGGGGCAACCUGUCCUACGCCGACCUCAUCACCAAGGCCAUCGAGAGCUCGGCCGAGAAGCGACUCACGCUGUCGCAGAUCUACGAGUGGAUGGUCAAGAGCGUGCCCUACUUCAAGGAUAAGGGCGACAGCAACAGCUCGGCGGGCUGGAAGAAUUCAAUUCGUCAUAAUCUGUCCCUGCACAGCAAGUUCAUCCGCGUGCAGAACGAAGGAACUGGAAAAAGCUCCUGGUGGAUGCUCAACCCAGAGGGAGGCAAGAGUGGGAAGUCCCCCAGGAGGAGAGCCGCGUCCAUGGACAACAACAGCAAGUUUGCUAAGAGCCGAGGCCGAGCUGCCAAGAAAAAAGCGUCCCUGCAGUCUGGCCAGGAGGGUGCUGGGGACAGCCCGGGAUCGCAGUUUCCCAAGUGGCCCGCAAGCCCCGGCUCUCACAGCAACGACGACUUCGACAACUGGAGUACCUUUCGCCCUCGCACCAGCUCGAACGCUAGUACCAUUAGCGGGAGGCUCUCUCCCAUCAUGACCGAGCAGGACGACCUGGGAGACGGGGACGUGCACUCGAUGGUGUACCCGCCGUCCGCCGCAAAGAUGGCUUCUACUCUGCCCAGUCUGUCCGAGAUCAGUAGCCCCGAGAACAUGGAGAACCUUUUGGAUAAUCUCAACCUUCUCUCGUCACCAACGUCAUUAACUGUGUCCACCCAGUCUUCACCGGGCACCAUGAUGCAGCAGACGCCCUGCUACUCCUUCACGCCGCCAAACACCAGUCUGAAUUCAGCCAGCCCCAACUACCAAAAAUACACGUAUGGCCAGUCCAGCAUGAGCCCCCUGCCCCAGAUGCCCAUGCAGACGCUGCAGGACAGCAAAUCGAGUUACGGAGGCAUGAGCCAGUACUGUGCGCCGGGACUCCUGAAGGAGCUGCUGACGUCCGACUCUCCUCCGCACAACGACAUCAUGACACCAGUCGAUCCGGGGGUGGCUCAAACCAACAGCCGAGUGCUCGGCCAGAACGUGUUGAUGGGCCCCAACUCGGUCAUGCCGGCCUACGGCGGCCAGGCCUCUCACAACAAAAUGAUGACCCCCAGCUCCCACACCCACCCCGGACACGCUCAGUCAACAUCUGCAGUCAACGGGCGUGCCUUGCCCCACGCGGUAAACACCAUGCCCCACACAUCGGGUAUGAACCGCCUGGCCCCGGUGAAGACAGCUUUACAAGUGCCUCUGGCCCACCCCAUGCAGAUGAAUGCCCUGGGGGGCUAUUCCUCGGUGAGCAGCUGCAAUGGCUACGGCCGGAUGGGCAUUCUCCACCAGGAGAAGCUCCCCAGUGACUUGGACGGCAUGUUUAUCGAGCGCUUGGACUGUGACAUGGAGUCCAUCAUUCGGAAUGACCUCAUGGACGGAGACACGUUGGAUUUUAACUUUGACAACGUGUUGCCCAACCAAAGCUUCCCGCAUAGCGUCAAGACGACAACACACAGCUGGGUGUCAGGCUGAGAGUGGGCAAGCGAGUGAGCAGGCUACACUUAAAAGUACUUCAGAUUGUCUGACAGCAGGAACUGAGAGAAGCAGUCCAAAGAUGUCCUUCACCCUACCUUUUCGUUUUCUUGAUUUAAAAAAAAAACAACCAACAAAACGCAUUUCUUUUUUCCUUUCGUCAGACUUGGCAGCGAAGACACUUUUCCUGUACAGGAUGUUUGCCCAAUGUUUGCAGGUUAUGUGCUGCUGUAGAUAAGGACUGUGCCAUUGGAAAUUUCAUUACAAUGAAGUGCCAAACUCACUACACCAUAUAAUUGCAGAAAAGACUUGGAUCGUGGUGUGCUUUCAACUUUUGUACAUAUAAGCCGUAGCUACAGAAUUGUAUCUGUGUGCAUUUUUUUUUUUAAAUAUUCAUUUGGUCCAAGGAAAGUUUAUACUCUUUUUGUAAUACUGUGAUGGUCUCAUGCCCUUGGUAAGUUAAACUUUGGUUUUGUACUACCUGCGUUCUGCUGAACUGAUGAAUCACAGAGAACCAAGCUGUCCGUUCUACAGCUCCACUGACCAGCUCUGCAUCUGUUCACGGCGCCGCAUAAUUCACAGGAGAACCAGUAGCCUGUUGUCCAUCUGCUGAAUUAAUGGACUUAUCACAACUCUUUUGGGGAAAAAAAAAGAUUAAACUCCAGCCUUGUACAGGUCUUUUCUAUUUUUUUUCUUCUUCGUUUGUUUAUUUUGUUAUUUGCAAAUUUGUACAAACACUUUAAAUGGUUCUAAUUUCCAUAUAAAUGAUUUUUGAUGUUACUGUUGGGACUUGAGAUCAUUUUUGGAAUAGAUACUGAACUGUAAUGUUUUCUUAAAACUCGAGUCUACCUUUGUUACAUAGUCUGCUUGUAAAUUUGUGGAAUCCCAGACAUUUGAAGCAGCAUCCGUGAUUUUCCUUUUGUAUUUCUAACUGGACUAGUACUAAUUUUAUACAUGCUUCACUGGUUUGUAUACUUGGGGAUGCUCUUUGGUGAUGUUUUCUGACUAAUCUUAAAAUCCUUGUGAUUAGUACUUACACACCCACCAUUUCUGGCCCUACCUUGGCAGGAGGGUGAUGUAUAGUUACGGACAUUUUGUGUUUCACGUUGAGAACUUGAUUUGUUUUUGUGUAUGUGUUUUACAGAAAUCCCAUCUGCUUCUGCUGUCCUUGUGAACUAGGCAUCCCUACCCAGCAUUGAAUUUUCUGAUCAGUGCCUGUAUGCACUUUGUUUCAAGUACUCCUGGGGGGAGGCUGCGUAGUAUUUGGAGAUCAGAAGGGGAGACCCACCUCCAAAACAGUGCUCCUUUCUCAAGCUGGGGUUUUGAUCACCUUUACCUUUUUGAGUUGAACUUCAGCAAAAGUUUUCCCUCGUAACACUGUGCUCUUCCUGGUCUAGGCGGAAGUUGACUUUGUACUUCUGGAGAAUUAUAUCCCCUUCUGUCCCCUUCUGUCCUAUAGAUUACUUGGUGCACUGUGGAAAGUGAGGUCGAAUGGGGGAAUUUUUAAAUGGGACUUGAGUGAUUUUUAAAGUGCUUGAUGUUCAUGAGUGCAGAUGGCUACCAAACAGAAUAGCACUUGCUUAAAAAUUCAGGCACUAAAUUUGAAAACAGACAAGCCAGCAGUAAUUUAUACCUUUGGAUCUACUUAGAAAGCCAUUGUGUAAGUUAAGAAUUGGAGAGUUUCUUUCCCCUUUAGCAACCCAAACUAUAAUUCUGAUCAUUAUGUUGUAAUAUUUUCCAGUUAUCUGUAACUGAUUAGACCCAAGUUAAUUGGCUUUGCAUCCCAUUUAGUCCAUCAGUGUUUUCAAGUCGUGUGGAAUGCCCAGAGUCGGCUCGAUGAAAGGAACAGGUGCACAAAAGUGUUCCUCUGGCCUUCUUGAGAACGCUCUGACUUCUGUGAACCUAGCCCACAUCACGCUUGCUUUGUGUUGCCCAAUAAUUGCCUCUCUGCUGGCUUGGGUUUUCCUCCAUGUUUAACAAGAACACAAGUGUUCUGGAUGGAUUUCCUCCAGGAGGCAGGCUCUAUUGUAUGCUUCCCACAGUGACUUAUACACUUUUGAAAAUUCAUUAAACAGCCACCCCUCUAACCAUAUUCAUUGUUGGCCACUCCAAAAUAGGUCUGGUUUCAGAAACCCUGGUUCCUCUGACCGGUGCCCCCUGCACAUGCGCUUGGACUCGUUGGGGCCACAGUUCUCGUGUUCCCCUCUGUGACCACCACUUCCUGCCCCCCGACCAGCACACACUGAGCCUCAUCAGGCCCAUCGUUCACUGAGAGGCAACUAGCUACAAAAAAAAAAAUCACUGUUCAAAUCUUACUACUUCAUAGAGUGACUUUUAAAAAGAUGUUGCUUCCUCUUGAGUCUGUGUAAAUAUCUUUUUUUUUCCCUUAAAAUUUUUUUUGUGUGUGUGUGUUGAAAUUCUUAACAGGAAUCCUGGGUAGCUCUCCAGGGUACAGUGAAGUUCAGUGAAAGGCACCUUGUCGGUUUUGAAAACAAACAUUAUGUGACCUCUGGUAAUUCUUUUUCUGUACGAAUACUGACUUUCUGGAGUAAUGAGUAUAUCAGUUAUUGUACAUGAUUGCUUUGUGAAAUGUGCAAAUGAUAUCACCUAUGCAGCCUUGUUUGAUUUAUUUCCUCUGGUUUGUACUGUUAUUAAAAGCAUAUUGUAUUAUAGAGCUAUUCAGAUAUUUUAAAUAUAAAGUAUUGUUUCCGUAAUAUAGACGUAUGGAGUAUAUUUAGGUGAUAGAUGUGUUACUUGGAAAGGUCUUCUUCGAAAAACUGACAAAGUCUAAAUUAAAAUCCCAGUGAGCAGUAAAUCAAUGGAACGUCCCAAGAAGGAGGAGAAAGACACUCAAAAUGGAAACAGUUCCCCCGAAGUAUAUGAUUUGGACUUAAUUCAGCUGCUGGAUAUGUGUUACCAAUCUCCCCACCCCACCCCUCUCCCCAGCUGAAUGAUUACCAAGUAAUCGUUCAGUAAAAGACACAGUGUGGUUUAUGCAGACAAGACAGCCUAGCAUUACUCUUGGCCUCCUCCCUGAGCGGGGUGACGGCUUGGUAGCCUGGCCAGGCCUGGCCACGUUCAUCCCAUCUGGACGCAGACAGACUCACCUAGCCUUGGCCAGUCGAGUUUAGUACCCGUGCAGAUCCUCCGUUCCCGCUCCAAUACAAUGAAAAGUGCCUGAUGAUGCUGAUGGACUUACAGACACAAGAACAAUCUUUGCUAUUAUUGUAUAAAGCCAUAAAUGUACAUAAAUCAUG